GACGGAGAUAGUAUGUUUUUAAAAUUACGGAAAAUAAUACUCCGUAUCAUAUACUCCUAAGUCCAUAGACUUCUCAGAAAUUUUUUAGUACAGAGAUAGUGUCAUAUCUAUAUAUAUUUCUGUGGCUUUUUUGGGGAUUAAUAUGUUGGGAUUCUUGGGAAUGUGUUUUGUCCUAAUUACAACAAUCAAUCGUUUAUGAAGCAGUCAUCAAUGGAAUAGGGGAAACACACUUAUGAUUCAUUUUCAUGUAAUAAACAAUAUGCAGAUCGACACGUGUAACGGAUUCUACUGUGAAGGCUUUCAUCCCAACAAACCAUACAAACCCAAAAUGUUUACGGAACUGUGGACUGGAUGGAAAGUCUAGAGAAUGAAUUCUCACCUCCUUUCUCUCCUUCUCUUGGCCGACUUUCUUAUGGUUGGAUUCUGCUGCUGCAGGUACACAAAGUUUGGAGGUCCAAUUCACCGCAGACCUGUAGAAGACAUAGCAUUUUCAGUAGCAAGGUUCAUCCAGAAUAAUGGAUCCUUUGUUAAUUAUUACAUGUACCACGGAGGAACCAAUUUUGGACGUGAAGCAGCUGGUCUUUUCAUCACUACUAGCUAUGAUUAUGAUGCCCCUCUAGAUGAAUAUGGCCUUCCUAAUGAACCAAAAUACGGACACCUAAGGGAUUUGCAUAAAAUAAUCAAGCUUGUGGAACCAGCUUUAGUUUCAUCGUAUCCCACGGUUACCCGGCUUGGCAAAAAUCAAGAGGCUUACGUCUUUCGCUCAAAAUCUGGGUUGUGUGCUUCAUUUCUUUCCAACUAUGACCCCAAAAAUUCAGUAAAAGUUGCAUUUCAGAAUCAUCAAUAUGACCUGCUUCCUUGGUCAAUUAGUAUUCUACCUGACUGCAAGAAUGUUGCUUACAACACCGCAAAGGUCAUCUCCAAAGGCCCACAGAUCAAGAUGACUCCGGUUGUGGGUGGAUUCUCAUGGCAAUCCUACAUUGAAGAAACUCCAACUUCAAGUGAGAGUGAAAUGACAACAGCUAAGCACUUAUGGGAGCAACUCAAUGUAACCAGAGACUCCUCAGACUAUUUGUGGUACAUGACAGAAGUGAAGAUUGCUUCAAAUGAAGGAUUUCUAAAGCAUGGAAAGUACCCUACCUUAACCGUUAGUUCUGCUGGUCAUGUGUUGCAUGUUUUUGUUAAUGGUCAAUCUUCAGGAACUGUAUAUGGAGAACUGAGUAAUCCAAACGUAACAUACACUGGCAAUGUAAAAUUGGGAGCCGGCAUUAACAAGAUUUCCCUACUUAGUGUUGCUGUUGGUCUCCCGAAUGUUGGCACACAUUAUGAGCGGUGGAGUGCUGGAGUUCUUGGUCCAGUUACAUUGAGUGGUCUUAAUAAGGGAACAAAAGACCUGACAAAGCAUAAGUGGUCUUAUAAGGUUGGUCUUAAAGGAGAAUUAGUAAGUCUUAAUACAAUAAUGGGGAGCUCUUCUGUUGACUGGGAUGCUUCAUCUCUGGCUAUAAAAAAGCCACUAACCUGGUACAAGGCCAAUUUUAACGAGCCAAAAGGAAAUGAUCCGCUAGCUCUAGACAUGAGCAAUAUGGGGAAAGGCCAAAUAUGGAUAAACGGAAAAGGCUUAGGACGUCAUUGGCCUGCAUAUACUGCACGUGGCAGUUGUGGUGGGUGUAGCUAUGCCGGAACUUACAGUGAGACAAAAUGCCAGACUAACUGUGGACAACCAUCUCAAAGAUGGUAUCAUAUACCACGAUCAUGGCUGAGACCAACUGGAAAUCUCGUGGUUGUGUUUGAAGAAUGGGGUGGUGACCCCACCAAAAUCUCCUUAUUAAGAAGAACAUACUGAUUGAGCCGAUGCUGUUUCAUCGAUGUAGUCUCGUACAUAAAUGUGUAGGUCACAGGUGAAGAAGACAUUUGAAGAAACAUUGUCCUUGCUUCUUGGCCGUCUUUGAUUUUAGGAGAGGCUGCUAAUUCCAUUUGCAAAAGCAAUUUGACCAGUUGUACAGCAACUAUGCAUUCCAAAGGCAUACACACACACACACGGUGCCUAAGUGUUAGUGGGAUAGCGAAAUUUGUUUGAUUGCAAUAAACAUGUAUUUUUCUAUAUGCAUCUUCUCCAAAUAAACACUAUUCCAAGAG